UUCAGGCAGUCACUCCCCUAGGUCAGUCCAUCUUCAGAUUUCAAUAAAAACUUGCGUUCAAAAUUCCAGUAAACAACUCAUACGCCAUUUUAAAAUGUUUCCCAAAUUAUGCCAUCGAACGUAGGAUCUGUUGGCGUGAAAAAAUCAGCACAAGAACACAUCAAAACUCUAGGUUACCGUUUCAUCGCCCGACUGGGCGAGGGAACCUUUUCCAAGGUCUACCUGACGGAGUACACUCGGGCAGAGGCCAGCACCAGCGAGAAACUAGCAUGUAAGCUGAUCGAUACCGCGGUAUGCAGUGCCAAGUUCAAGAAGAAGUUCCUACCGCGAGAGUUGGCAAUCCUGUUGAGGAUUCGUCAUCCGCACAUCAUCCGGGUGCACGCCAUCAUGAAGUGCCACUCGAAGAUCUUUAUCUUCAUGCGGUACGCCGAGAUGGGUGAUUUGUUGACGUUCAUUUUGGCCCAUGGGCCAAUCGGGGAGAACCAGACGCGGAUCUGGGGACGGCACAUGGCGUUGGCCCUGCAGUACUUGCACGAACUGGGGAUCGCGCAUCGAGAUUUGAAGUGCGAGAACAUUCUGAUCACUUCUAAUUUCAACGUUAAAAUAAGUGAUUUCGGAUUCGCUCGACACAUUAUGAGGGAUGGUGCGGCAGAGUUGAGCAGUACGUAUUGCGGAUCGUUCGAUUACGCCGCUCCGGAGAUAUUGAAAGGUCAACCGUACGAUGCGAGGGCUUCCGAUAUGUGGGCAUACGGUGUGCUUCUGUACGUGAUGUUGAACAAGUCGAUGCCCUUCAAGGGACGUACCAAGGUGGUGUACGAGGCACAAAUGGACCGGAAGUGGCAGUUUCGGUCCAGAGUUCGUCACAAGCUGUCCGGUCAGGUUAAGCUGUUGGUGGCGAAUCUGCUGGAACCGAACCCGAUCAUUCGGUACACGGUGGAGGAAACGCUGGCGUUCGGGUGGUACACGGAAAACCCGAAGAUGAAGAGCUUACGUCAGGAUGAAUUCCAGGCACUGACGGAGGCCCGAACGGGUACGAUGGAUUCCAGGGAUGUGCUACAGGUGAAGUCGAAGCUUAGGGUGUCCGGCAGUGAUGUGAUUACGACGAUCAAAGCUGUUGACGAGGCAGAUGCUGAACAGCAUGGUUCCAGUUUGUCGGUAAAGACGUCUGUAAUUGAACUGAUCCAGGACGCGUCUAGCGAUGUUAUUGAAAACAAUAAAUAA